AUGACACAGAAGAUAAAUAAUCCAACAACUGUUCAACCUGUUCCUAAAUCUUUUGAUUUACCUUUAUCUUCCAUCGAUAUUUCAGCAAUUAAAUCAAAUAAUAUUAAAAUUAUUCCAACAACAGGUAUUGGCUCAAAAGAAGUAAAAUGUCGAUUUUGGACAGAAAAUGAAACAAUUACUUUUAUUAAUAUUUGGAAUGAUUAUUAUCCUAAAUUAACAACUGGUGGAUCUCGUCAUGCACCUAUUCAUCAAUUGAUGGCUAAUGAAUUGAACAAAAUGUUAGAAAUUGAUGACUCAACAGGUGCUGAUAUGAAAUCUAAGAUAGGAAAUUUAACAACUGAAUAUCGUCAUAAAAAAAAGGAUAUGGAUCAUACUGGCGGUAGUCCAUCUUCUUGGCCAUAUUUAGAAUUCAUAGAUAAACUUUUAGGAGAGCGUCCUUAUAUAGACGAUAGUCUUCUAUCCGAUUUCAUCAUCGUUGAAGAAGAACAAGUUGUGAAAAAUGUUGAUCAAGCAUCAGCACCAGAUUUAAAUCUAACUCAAAUAUCAGAGCAAGCAGACGAUCUUGUUCAAUUAAAAACUAAUUCUGAUGAUACAAAUAAUCCUGAUUCCGUCAAUUCAGUUACUUCACCAAGCUCUCCAGCUACUAUUUCGAUUCCAAAAUCAGAUAGUCCUGUACAGAUGGUUUUAAAAACAAAGAAGAAUGCUUCUUCAAAGAAGAAACGAGCAUCAGAAAUGAAGAUGGAUCUCAUGAAAGAGUUAUUCGGUAAAAUAGAAAGUGCUAGUGAAGCUGCAGCUCGCUCAGAGAUUAAAAUAUUGGAACUUCUCGAAAAGCAAACUCAUUUACAGGCGCAAAGCGUGGCUAAUGAACGUGAAUUUCUAAGCCUCUUUAAAACCUGUGCACUUUAUGCAUUGGGUUCUUCAAGUGAAUUUCGCACGAUCAGCCAUUUAUUUGGUAUUGGUAAAAGUACAACAGGAGAAAAUCUUCAUGAAUUUUGUUCUGUUCUAGUCGAAAUGUUAUUUCACCGAUUUAUAAAAUUUCCUAAAUCACCUGAUGAAAUUAAAUAUACAAUCAAUGGUUUUUACACUAAAUUUGGUUAUCCAAUGUGUAUUGGAGCACUUGAUGGUACACACUUUGCUAUCAAACCACCUCUUGGCUAUGAAGUCGAUUAUUAUAAUUAUAAAAUAUAUCAUAGCAUUAUUAUGCUUGCAACAGUCAAUGCUGAUUUAUUAUUUACAUAUGUUAAUAGAGGUGCUCCAGGAAAGUGUAAUGAGUCAUCGAUUUAUAAUCGCAGUACAUUGUCACAGGUUAUAGAAGAUCCAACAUAUGAAAAUCAUUUUAUGAUAAUGGAUAAUACUAAAAUUCGAUGUCACUUUAUUGCCGACUCUGCAUUUUCAUUAACCAAAACAUUAAUUAAACCGUUUCCUGAAAGACCAAACAUGCCAAAGAAGUUAUUACAUAAAAAGAUGGAAUUUAAUUUAUGUAAUACAACAAAUAUUGUGAAAGUUGCAACUAUUCUCCAUAAUCUGUGUGUUAUGAAUGGAGAUAAAGACGAGAUAGAUUGGGAUACACCUAAUACUGUUCACAAAAAACCUUCAUGUAACAUUCAUACGAAUGACGGUACGGAUGUACGUGAGGCACUUGUUAAUUUCUUUCUACUUCAUCCUUUGUAA